AUGGGAGUCGACCUGCUAGACAUGAAGCCCUCCUCAUGCACUCUCACGGGAUUCAAUGGUUCCUCGGAACAGAUGAUUGGGACAAUUCGUCUCCCAGUUUACGCAGAUGAUGUAACCCGCACUGUUAAGUUCUCUGUUAUCCGGGCUAGGGCGCCCUACAACGCAAUCCUCGGAACGCCAUGGUUACACUCCAUGAAAGCCAAUCCCUUCACCUAUCACCAAUGCGUUAAGUUCCCUGGGAAAGAUGGAACGACGCAGACCAUUCGCGGGGACCAACGGGCCGCGAGAGAGCUACUUAUCGCCGCAGUCAAGCUACAACAAUCACCUUCUCUCGUCAACGCAGUCACCAAACCAAUACAUAAGAUCUACCCUCAGAAGGAAGAAGUCCACGAGGUUCCCAUCGAUGAAGCUGACCCAUCGAAGGGUAUAGACCCCGCAAUAACAUCUCAUGAAUUAAACGUCGAUCCGAUGUUCAAGCCUAUUCGACAGAAGAGACAGAAGCUCGGACCCGAACGGUCCAAAUCAGUAAAUGAAGAAAUUGACAGGUUGCCCGAUGCAGGUUUCAUCGCCGAAGUACGUUACCCAGAGUGGCUAGCAAACCCCGUCGUCGUUAAAAAGAAAAACGGGAAAUGGCGCAUUUGUGUUGACUUCACGGAUUUGAACAAAGCAUGUCCAAAAGACAGUUACCCUCUCCCGCAUAUCGACCGUUUGGUGGAGUCGAUUGCCGGCAACGAGCUCCAACAUUUAUGGAUGCUUUUUCUGGAUACAAUCAAAUCAUGA